AUGAGUGGAAAUCUUGGCCCGCUUGAUGGCGUUAAUCCGGCAGUCAUUGAGAGCUUUCCUAGCCACCACAUCCAUAGCAUGUCAGUCGGCCACCAGGAGGCACUGGAGCUGAUUGCCGCCGCAGAUGCGCGGGCAUUGCAGCAGCACGAGGAGGCGGACUGCAGCAGCGGCAUCCACGGGAUAGAGGAGGAAGGCGUAGGAGUAGUGGAAAACGAGGAGAUGGAGGCAGAUGGACUGUCUGGUCUGAGUCAUUUGGGUGAUACUCAGCCUCUAGUAAUAGUACAGCCAGGCAGGAAUCAGCUUACCCUCUCGUUCCAAGGCGAAGUGUAUGUUUUCGAUUCUGUUUCUCCUGAAAAGGUUCAAGCCGUGCUAUUGUUACUGGGAGGUCAUGAGAUGCAGGCCGGAUCAAAUCCUUUUCCAUCAUCUUCUAUCCCAACUAAGCGUGGAGAUAUGCCUCAUAGAAUUGCAUCCUUAAUGAGGUUUCGAGAAAAGCGAAAAGAGCAUAACUUUGAGAAGAAGAUACGUUACAUUGUUUGCAAGGAAGUAGCGUCAAGGUUACUAGAGAGAAAAGUGGAGAAUUUACUGCUCGGCUUCUGGAAUUCAUCAUGUCUGCAGUGUUAA